UCCACCCCUGCUUUUUUGCCCUUGGAAAUGGCGGAAGCAGUUCUUUCCGGCCUUGCCACUUCCGUAUUGAAUAGCGUCGCCGCUGAAAUAGCAAAACCUGGAGGCUCCUCAGCUUCUCAGAAGAUCCGGUUGCUCUGCGGUGCCAAGGACGAGCUCCAAAGCCUUGAGAGCACCGUCCAGACCAUUCAAGCUGUGCUUUUGGAUGCCGAGAAGCAGCAAUGGCACAACGACCAGGUCAAGCUCUGGCUCAAGAGGCUCAAGGACGUGCUGUACGACGUACAGGACUUGUUCGACGAUGUUGCAACUGAAGAUCUGAGGCGAAAGGUCACUUCCGGCAACAAGACCUGGAAAGAGGUACGCUUUUUCUUCUCCAAAUCGAAUCAGCUUGCACACCGGCUCAAGGUGGCUAAUAAGAUUGAGGAACUUAGGAAGAAACUGGAUGGGAUUAAAAAUGAUAGACAGUUCGAGUUAGAUCCACAUCUGAGUGGGCCAACUGUUGCCAUUGAGAGGAGGAGGACAACUCACUCUUUUGUGCGCGAGGAAGAAAUAAUUGGUAGAGAAGAGGAUAAGAAGGAGAUCAUCGCGCAUUUGGUUGAUUCCUCCUCUAGGGAGAGAGUUUCGGUUGUUUCGAUCGUGGGUAUAGGCGGGCUUGGAAAAACCACUCUUGCUCGGCUCGUUUACAACGAUGACAAGGUUAAAGACUGUUUCAAGCCUAAGCUGUGGGCGUGUCAUGGGGAUCCUGACAACUUUGAUGAGUAUGUGAUCAUCAAAGAAAUACUGAAAUCUGCCCAGCAUGAGUGUCAAGGGGAUCCUGAGAUGAUGAGAGAUCUGCAAGACAUUGAGAAUAAAUCGAAGGAGCAGUUGCAGCAGCUCCUUCGUAAGGUGCUGGACGGGAAGAAGUACUUGCUUGUUCUGGAUGACUUGUGGAACGAAGAUCGCCUGGCAUGGUUGCCCCUCCAAUCUCUCCUAAUGGGUGGUUCAUGGGGGAGCAAGAUACUCGUCACCACUCGCAAUCGGUCGGUCGUAGAUGCUACGGAUGCGAAAUCAGUUGUCCAUGAUCUACGGGGCUUAUCUGAAGAUAAGUCGUGGGACUUACUCAAGAAAAUAGCUUUGGUUGAUGGGGAAGAACAGUUAAAUUCGAGACUGGAGAUGAUAGGUCGAGAUAUAGUCAGAAAAUGCGCCGGUGUUCCUCUUGCCAUCAGAACUAUAGGCAGCCUUUUAUACAACAAAAAGGAUAACGAGUGGCUCCAACUCAGGGACCAUGAACUUUCAAAAAUAGAUAAGUCGGGACAUGGAAUUAUGGAAGCCCUUAAGGUCAGCUACGAUCAUCUUCCAUCGGCGUUAAAGCAUUGUUUUGCGUAUUGUGCGUUGUUUCCAAAGGAUCAUGUCUUCGAUAAAGAGACGAUGAUACAGCUUUGGAUGGCACAAGGAUUUAUUGAGUCAUUGCACGAGAACGAGGACCUACAAGAAGCUGGGGAUCGUUCCGUCUCGGACCUACUUUGGAGGUCAUUCCUUGAGGUUAAAAAGCUCGAUGAUUCCACAAGUGAGGUGAAACUAUUCAAGAUGCAUGAUCUCAUGCACGAUCUUGCCUCAAAAGUCGCAGCAGAUGAGUGCAAGAUGAUUAAUCUCAAUGAGGGCGGCGGCAUAGGUAGAGGAACUCGACAUAUAUCAUUUGCUUUCCAGUCGUCCUUGCCUCAAAAUAUGACCACUCAACUGGAGGCAACAAAUCUACGAACGUUCCUCACAUUGACGAACAUGAGAACAUAUGGACCGGAGGUGUCCCCAAUUGAAUGUGAGGGGAUUUUCACCAAGAUUAGGCGUUGUCGAACUCUGGCUUUGCUUGGUCCAGAUUUUUGUAUCUCUUCUUCCUUGGGGACUCGGUUGAAGCACUUAAGAUUUCUCGAUAUUUCCGGAAACACGGCCAUUAAGAGCUUGCCCGAUUCAAUCACGGAUUUGCUGAACUUGCAGACCCUUAAACUCUCUGGUUGCAAAAAUCUUACAACACUUCCAAAAGAUUGGAAGAAACUGGUCAACCUUAGAUUUCUCGAUAUUUCCGGAAACACGUCCAUUAAGAGCUUGCCCGAUUCAAUCACGGAUUUGCUGAACUUGCAGACCCUUGAACUCUCUGGUUGCGAAAAUCUUACAACACUUCCAAAAGAUUGGAAGAAACUGGUCAACCUUAGAUUUCUCGAUAUUUCCGGAAACACGUCCAUUAAGAGCUUGCCCGAUUCAAUUACGGAUUUGCUGAACUUGCGGACCCUUAAACUCUCUGGUUGCGAAAAUCUUACAACACUUCCAAAAGAUUGGAAGAAACUGGUCAACCUUAGAUUUCUCGAUAUUUCCGGAAACACGUCCAUUAAGAGCUUGCCCGAUUCAAUCACGGAUUUGCUGAACUUGCAGACCCUUGAACUCUCUGGUUGCGAAAAUCUUACACCACUUCCAAAAGAUUGGAAGAAACUGGUCAACCUUAGAUUUCUCGAUAUUUCCGGAAACACGUCCAUUAAGAGCUUGCCCGAUUCAAUCACGGAUUUGCUGAACUUGCAGACCCUUGAACUCUCUGGUUGCGAAAAUCUUACAACACUUCCAAAAGAUUGGAAGAAACUGGUCAACCUUAGAUUUCUCGAUAUUUCCGGAAACACGUCCAUUAAGAGCUUGCCCGAUUCAAUCACGGAUUUGCUGAACUUGCAGACCCUUAAACUCUCCGGUUGCAAUAAUCUUACAGCACUUCCAAAAGAUUUGAAGAAAUUGGUCAAUCUUAGACACCUCUUAAUUGAUGGGUGUGACUCAUUGAGCCACAUGCCAUGUGGGUUGAACCAUCUAUCUUCUCUUCAGACUUUAUCCAAAUUCGUGGUACAAAAGAUGGGCCAUAGAGUACCUGGAGGUGUGGGGAGAGUGGAUGAACUGGAUGUGUUAAACAAAUUGGCGGGAUCCAUUAGUCUUGAAAAUUUGGAGUUCCUUCAACCAGCACCGAACAAAGCUCACUUGGGGAAAAAAGAAGGUCUCCGUUCGUUGCGAGUUGGAGUGGUCGACCCCGUGGGAGGAGCAAGAUGA